GGCUGUGGAUUUAUUCCGUGUGUCAUUUCCCCAGGGUGGCCUCACAGGGCAGGGCCAUGGCAGCCGCCCCCCAGGGCACCCCCCAGGGCACCCCCCGGCCGUGCCCGGAGCAGCGCCGAGCCGCCCACAUCGUCCAGCUGCUGACGCUCUACCGGCCCCUGCUCGACGCCUUCGUCAUCGAUUUCUUCACCGAGGACCUGUGGGCACAGCUGCCGCCAGCCUGGCAGCCCGCCCUGGCCGGUGCCAGCCCGGUGCAGCUGGCCGGGCUGCUGGGGGGCGGCGCGGGGGGCGCGGGGGCCGCCUGGCCCCUGUCCCUGCUGGCCUUCGCCGCCGCUGCCCGCGCCCUGGCCCUGCCCCGGCGCCGCGCCCGCGGGCCCCCGCGCCCCCCGUGCCAGAGCUGCCGGCUGCACCCGCUGCUCCGCCGCCACGUCAAGCCCAAAAAGCAGCACGAGAUCCAGCUCCUGGGCGAGCUGCUGCGCCGGCUGAGCCGCGCCACCGGCUGCCAGCGCGUGGUGGACGUCGGAGCGGGGCAGGGCCACCUGUCCCGGUUCCUGGCCUUUGGGCUGGGCAUGGAGGUCACCGCAGUGGAGAGCGACGCCCGCCUGGCGGGCCUGGCCCAGCGCUUUGACCAGGAGCUGCUGCGGGAGCUGGGCAAAGCCAGGGGGUCCCAGCCGUGCCCCCUGACCCCCCGCGCCCCCCAGCACCUGGCCGGCCGCCUGGACCCCGCAGCCCCCUGGGGGGAGUUCCUGCUGCCCCCCGAGCCGCCGGGAGCCGGCCCCGCUGCCCGGAACCCGCUGGGGGGCCCGGGGGGCUCCGAGGACGGGGGGCGGGUGCUGCUGACGGGGCUCCACGCCUGCGGGGACCUCGGCCCGGCCCUGCUGUGCCACUUCGCCCGCAGCCCCGCCGUGGCUGCCGUGGCCUUGGUGGGCUGCUGCUACAUGAAGCUGUCGACCGCCCCGCAGCAGCCCCCUGGCUACCCCCUGAGCGCCUCGGUGGCGGCGUUACCGGGCCACCAGCUGUCCUACCGGGCACGGGAGGCGGCGUGCCACGCGCUGGAGGAGUUCGAGGGGCGGCUGCUCGGGGGCAGUGCCCACCUGCGUGCCCACUGCUACCGCGCCGUGCUCGAGAGCCUGAUCCGCGCCGCCGACCCCGCCAAGAGGCACCUGGGCCUGCAGCCGGGCAGGAAGGCUCAUGGCCUCAGCUUCCCCCAAUACGCCCAGCUGGGGCUGCCCCUGGCAGGGCUGGACCCAGCAGAGUUCCAGCUGGACUCGGAGGCUGUGGGGGCCAUGCUGGAGCAGCAGCACAAGGUGGUGGCAUUCUGCACCCUGGGGCAGCUCCUGGCACCUGCCGUGGAGACCCUCAUCCUGCUCGACCGGCUGCUCUACUUGCGGGAGCAAGGUGGGCACGGGCACGGCCGCCAGGGCGACCCUCCCCUCCUGUUCCCUCUUUCCCUGGACCCCUGUCUGUGUUCUCAACUCUCCUUUGCCUUUUUCCCAGGUUUCCACUGUGCCCUCGUGCCCCUCUUCAACCCCCGCUUCUCCCCGAGGAACCUGGUGCUGGUGGCCGCACGGACCCCGCUGGCCACGGUGCUGGACAGGGGCGGCGAGGAUGAGGAUGUGGAGGAAGCAGAGUCCCCCCAGGAGGAGCAGAGCCGCCACAACCCACAAUAAACGCAGGAUUUUUACGCUCCG